AUGUCCAAGUUGACGAUCCCGAUCCCAAUCCCAAAAGAUGAUUAUCAUGUCAUGAAGAACAUGAUAUCUCAGAAUGCGGUGACCAUUGUGGGGAUGCGUGAUUGUUGCAUGGUCCAUGUUGUGGAGCAUCUGAUUCAUGGUUUUGGAGCAAGACUAACAACAUACAAUAUUGAUGAAGAAGACAAAAUGAAUGCGCUUGAUCAAUUAGGACGAAUUAUCAAUGGUGUCGGAGAAGAUAAGGUUAGUUAUAAGCAGCUUCCGUUAGUUUUUAUUGGAGGGAGGCUUUUUGGAGGAGUGGAUCGAGUAAUUUCAAGUCAUGUUAGGGCAGAGUUGAUCCCUGCUUUAAAAGAAGUUGGAGCAAUGUGGGUUUGA